UCUUCUGUCUUUGGUUGUAACUCGGCCAAUAAGCUGACGCACAACACGGAAUUUUGUGACGAAGUUUGGUGGAGAGAGAUCUCUAUACUGAUUUAAGUGUCAGGUGGAGGUAAUAAAACAAUGAAGCGUGUAACGCCGUUCUUUCUACUUCUGCAACAAGGACAGAAGAUUUUACCUUUACAUCCUUCGUUUUCACCUGUGGAAAAAUGGAUGACGAUGUGCAGAGCAAUUCACUGUACCUACUGCAGAAGUAAAGCAGCAGCACCUCCAGAAGAAGCAGAGAUGCUUCAUUCCUUACCGUUAAACCAAAGUGCUAAAGAUGAUGAAAGAAACCUAGACGAGUACUAUUCUGCCGAGCAACGUUCUGUUAUUUUGCAAGUUUUGAACACUGCAGAUGAUCGGGAACUGGCAUCUGUAAAGUUGCUACGUGGGAAGAAGUCAGCCAGUAUAAUUGAAUAUAGGAACAAAAAUGGACCUUUCCAAGAUAUACAAAGUCUAAUGAAUGUACCACUCCUCAAGUUUCGUUCUGUAGUGAAAGUUUGUCACUCUAUUCUAAACCCUAAUGAAAGGGCAGAAACGAGAGAGAAGAAAUCACAGCUGGCUAAAUGCAUUAAACCUGAUGUAGAAAGGGAAAGACUUGAGAGUGCAAAGACUAUUGUGUCCAUUGUGUCUGGGACACGUAAGAUUGCAUGGGCUCAUGUAGACCGAGGCUUGAAUAUCUUAGACUGGCAACAAGAAGAAUGCCAUAAUUUUAUGCGGGGAACUUACCAAACAUAUACAUACCUGGAAGAUAUUUUAUCUGUUGUAUCAAAAAUUCCUGUAGCAGACAUUUACAUUCUGGAAAAACCUGGAAUUUCAGCUCAGAAUGUGAACCUGUUUUCUGUAGCAGUACACCUGCGUACUGUUGAGGCUAUGUUGUACUGUUUAUUAAGCACCGGCUUUAUACAGGAUGGACAGCACAGGGUGCUAAGCAUGGUGCGUACAGCCGUGGGUAAACACUUUGACUUGAUGGUGGCAGAAUCGAGGACUAGUGGCGCUGAGCUGGUCCGACAGUUCAUGACUGAUUCAGUUACUCAGACAAACCCAAGAGUGACAUUUCCACGAGAUAUGGUGCUGCGUUAUAGAAAGAUGUUUCAGUUAGGAGGAAGAGAAAGGGCUGAAGAAAUGUGUGAUGCAUUGCUGCAGGCAGUAGCAUUUUAUGAAAUUGUUCAUGACAUACAGUGUUCUGAGAAAUCUUAGCUCAAGCAUUGAUGAUGAAACUCCUAGAUUUGUAACUACAGCAUGUGAACAUCAGAGCAUUGGCCUAAAAUUGUCUUUGACAGAGUUUUGUCUCAUUAAACAUAAUAUUGAGUAGUUACUUAAAAAAGACUGUGAACCUUAUGGCCACCAAAGAAUAAAAGUAUGAAAACAGACAUAUCAAUGUUAAUGAACAUCCAUUUCUGAUUAGUACAUUUUCAGCAGAGAGGUCAGUAUUACAAAAAAUUCACAACCUAAAACAGCUUUGUCUCUGUAUUAGUUACUUGUAUAGCAAGAUACGUGGAGUAUCUGGAGGUGUAAUAAAGAAUGUAGGAUUCUUUGAUUUA